UGGCUUGUGCUUGAAUCUCCAGCGGGGAAACAGUCAAUGGAGGAAACAGACAAGACAAUUAAUGAAGAUUUGUUUGUAUUAGUUAUCCCAACUCGCCUACGUGUUGAUGCAGUCCAAAUGAAGUAUGAUGGAUAGGAUUGGUAGUUUUUGGUGAAAUCAAACAGAGUUACAAAGUAAUUUAAAAUCUCCGUUCGGUGAGUUUUAAGCCUUUUGAUAAGGCUAACAGCUAGUUUGUUAGCUUAGCUUUUAGCCUUAUUAUUUUGCUGACCAGUUUCACAAAUUGCAGUUCUCAAAAGACGGAACCUCAUGAUCACACGUAGUUGAAGUGUGAAUAAGAGUGUAAUGCUCUGUUUAAGGAUUUGUUUACCCGAAUGCAGAUCUUUAUUGUUAGCUUAAAGUCAGCGUGUGCCUAGUUGACAGGAUGCCUAUACGAGCAUCUUGCACAAUUUGCUCGGAUCUCUUCGAUCACUCCAGAGAUGUCGCCGCCAUUCACUGCGGACACACUUUCCAUUAUGAAUGUGUUCUUAAGUGGUUUCAGACGGCGCCCACGAAAACCUGUCCACAGUGCAGGAAACAGGUCAGCACCAGACACAUCAUCUGCAAGCUGUUCUUUAACAUUGGUGGAGAGGAAGAGAGCACAUUAGACCCAGAGAGCCUUGAGAAUGAACUUGGUCGAGUGAGAGCCCUUCUAAGCUCCAAAGAGCAAGACUGGCGGGACAAACAAAAAGCGAUGGACAUCUUAAAAGACACCGUGGACAGGCAGAAACGAGACCUGGACAACAUGCGGAAAGAGAUCCGGGAUAAGGAUAUGCUGUGUUCAGCUCUCAAAAAACAGAUGACGUAUAUGGAAAUGCAGCAAAAUGAAGUUCAGGCUGCAAAGGAGGAGGCCCGGAGGCUGAGAACCAAGUUAAAAACCUUUGAGAGCUUGGAUGUGUUGUUGCAGGGCCAGAGGGCAGAGGUGGAGUCCAUGAUCACCGACAUGGGCGUCAGCCAGUCAGCAGUGGAGCAGCUCUCCAUUUAUUGCAUCUCUUUGAAAAAGGAGUAUGAUAACCUUAAAGGGAGCCUAAAGUCUUCCAAUGACAUGUGUGAGAAACUGAAGAGAGAAGUGCUCUCCUCUAACAACAAGCUGCAGAAAACUUCACUGGAGUUACAUCAGACCAAGGAAGAUGUAACAUCUUUGCAGGCAGAUCUGGCAAAUGCCGACAAAGAGAUUUCUAGUCUGAAGAAAAAAGUGGACUUUCUGCAGAAGACCCUGAGCACCCCCACCAGGACAAAUGAAACCCUCAGCAGGCUGGUCUUUGAGAGUCCAGCUCCAGUGAAUCUAAAGGAGCCUCGCUUCCACCAGCCGCCCGAUGGAGAUGACGUGGAUCUCAACAUUACCUAUGACAUCAGCACCCCAGAGCACAUGGUCAAGAGGUCAAAGCAGGUUACAGCAAAGAGGAUGAGUCUUGACCCACCUUUAACUUCUUUUGCCAGACCCUACAAUAAAUCUGCAGCAAAGAGCAAGACUUGUGAUGAAGAUCCAGCCAUGGAUCCGUUCCUAAGGAACUCCCUGCUUUUCCGAAAGAAGACCUUUGGUAGCAUGUUGGACCCUCAUCAGAAACCAGGAGCAGUCAGAACGGGUUAUGAUGGACUCGGUGGCAGAACUAAAUUCUUCCAGCCUUCUGUGCUAUCGGAGAUUCGACCACUAAAUAAGGCCAAGAGGAAAAAGGUGAGCCGCCCCACUCCAAAGAUGACCCCCUGCCUGACUCUGGACAGCUUCCUGGAGUAAAUCCUCACAGUUGCUGGAAGCCUUCAAAGAUGCAUGACUGUCGCUUUGGUUCACAGAGUUGGUUUUGCAACCGUUGUGCCACCUUUCCCCUUUAACUUAUAAGAAAGUCUCCUUCGCUCUAUGCGAUAAAUGCUUCCUUUCAGGUGAAAUUGCCGAAUCAGACGAGCAUCCUUUUUUUUUAUGUCUUUAUGUAUGUUUAGCUGCAGAAACUGACUCGACAAGCGUCUGGGUUAGAUCUUUGUUUCAUAGUUUUGUGAAAGUUUGUGUUUUAUUAGUUAAAACCUACUUGCAUAAUUCUUUAGCAUAUUUUCUUUAAAUUAUGUCAUCAACAAUGAAUCAUUACCUGCUUAAUGUUAACUAACCCACACGACUUUGUACUUUUUCUUUUAACUGUUCUGUCAGUUAUAAGCCAGUCAAAUAAUAAAAUGUUUUUUUUAUUAA